CCCGACACCUAGUGGCCAUUCUUGGAACUAAUUUUAGUAAACAAGUACUAGUAGAUCUCUGACGGAAACCUGUGAAUAAGUAUUCGCUUUAUGGAAGAAAAACGGGAUAUUUCACCAUGUCAUUACUAAGAAAUGCCACAAGUGGCUAUGAUUCAGCAUUUGAGGAAGAUGUCAAACUACGCAAAAAGCAACAAGAGCGUCAUGCUCUUUUCCGCACUGAAAAACCUGCUAGACAAGGAUUGCCAAGCAAGUCCUUUCUGGCAGAUGCAGCAAGUCUGGAUGAAGGGAAGAGAUUGCGAUAUCAGAUGUCCAACUUGACAGCCUAUGAACGUCAUAAGCUUCUUAUUAAUCAUUAUGUUCUCUAUCAUCCUGGCAGCACUGCUGUUUUGCAACGAGAUGCGUCCAGAGAUAAAAGAGAUAUCGAUGUUAUUCAAGAAAAUCAUCAGUUUUUGUGGGACGGUAAUGACAUUCCUGACACAUGGGAAAGGCAGCUUGCCAAAAAGUAUUUUGAUAAACUCUUCAAGGAGUAUUGCAUUUGUGACCUGUCCCAUUAUAAGGAGAACAAGAUUGGCAUGAGAUGGAGGAUUGAACGAGAAGUUCUGGAUGGUAAGGGACAGUUUACCUGUGGGGAAAAGAGAUGCAAGGAGCGUGAAGGACUUCGCACAUGGGAGAUGAACUUUGCUUAUGUAGAACAAGGCAUCAAGAAAAAUGCACUUGUUAAGCUGAGACUAUGCCAUGAUUGUUCAUAUAAAGUAAAUUAUUAUCGAAGGAGAAAAGAAGUGACAAGAAAAUCAAUCAAGCAUAAACAUAGAGAGUCAAGUAAGAAAAAGAAAUCAAGAAGGGAUGAAAGUGAAAAAGUUGAAAAUGCUGAAGAAGAAAAUGAAGGAAGUUCUCUUGAUAACACAAAAGAAGUGGAUAAAAUUGAAUCUUCAGACAACAUUUGGAAAGGCCCAGCUAAACUACCAGAUGAAAAGAGUCGAGAACAAGAGUUUGAAGAAUAUUUGGAAGAUUUAUUCUUAUGAUUGUAUGUUGGAAGUCUUUUUUUGUAUGUAAGAAUGAUUUGUGCAUGUCAUUUUAUUUUUUAUUGUCUUUUGUUUGCCUUUUUCUUAAUUUUUUUUUUUUUAUUUUGUCUUAUCUAAUAAAUAGGUUUAUAACAUUAAAUUGUUUUGACCACUUGCCCUCAUACAGUAGAAGUGAAUCUGUUGGUAAAAUAAAUAAA